AUGGACUUGGAAAGCAUCGAGUGUGUCUCGUCCUCAGAUGGUCUUGAUGAGGAUGAGAUCCAUCAACACCAUAACACUCUUCACCCACAUCCUCAUCCUCAUCAACACCACCAUGACUUUUCCAAGCCAAGAAGCAAUGCCACCAACAACACCACCAUUCCAGGCCCCACCGCCAUUGCUCCGGCCACCAGCGUCCAUGAGUUACUUGAAUGCCCCGUCUGCACCAAUUCCAUGUACCCACCAAUCCAUCAGUGCCACAAUGGCCACACACUGUGUUCUACUUGUAAAACAAGGGUGCACAAUCGCUGCCCCACUUGUAGGCAGGAGCUUGGAGAUAUUCGGUGUUUAGCGCUGGAGAAGGUGGCUGAGUCACUUGAAUUACCCUGCAAGUAUUACUCCUUGGGAUGCCCAGAGAUAUUUCCAUACUACAGCAAACUAAAGCAUGAGUCAGUGUGCAACUUCAGACCGUACAAUUGCCCAUAUGCUGGAUCGGAGUGCUCUGUUGUUGGGGAUAUCCCUUUCCUGGUUUCCCAUCUUAGGGAUGAUCACAAGGUGGACAUGCACACAGGAUGCACAUUCAAUCAUCGCUAUGUGAAGUCAAAUCCUCGGGAAGUAGAGAAUGCCACUUGGAUGCUUACAGUCUUCCAUUGUUUUGGUCAAUACUUCUGCCUUCAUUUUGAAGCCUUCCAGCUUGGCAUGGCUCCUGUUUAUAUGGCAUUUCUACGUUUUAUGGGUGAUGAAAAUGAGGCUCGGAACUACAGCUACAGCCUAGAGGUUGGAGCAAAUGGCAGGAAACUCAUAUGGGAGGGGACCCCACGUAGUAUCCGCGAUAGCCACCGAAAGGUCAGGGAUAGCCAUGAUGGUCUCAUUAUCCAACGAAACAUGGCUUUAUUCUUCUCUGGAGGAGAUAGGAAGGAGCUGAAGCUGAGAGUUACUGGGAGGAUAUGGAAGGAACAGCAAAAUCCAGAUGCUGGGGUGUGCAUACCAAACCUAUGUAGCUAA